UAUUUCUUGAAUAUACAAAUGUACAGUCAACUUUCAGGAACGAGGCUGCGGUCAUACAAAGGCUGCUGGAAAACAAAUGCUUCGAUCCCUUCUGAUGCCACCCUAAACAUAAUCCCUAUGUCCGAACCGUUUUACGCAGAGGUUUGUCGACAACCCCUCGAUUUGGGCGGUUGCUCUCAGUUCAUCACACGUUGGUACUAUGACGUCCGGUCCCGAUCGUGUCGACCAUUCUUCUACGGUGGAUGUUUUGGCAACUCCAAUCGAUUCCUCACCAAGGCCGAGUGUGACAGUAUGUGUGCAACACAGGAUGUGUGUCGUCAACCGGUACAAGUAAGUCGAAAGAAACUAUAUGUUAGGACCACAGUGCCUUUUCUUUUCUGUAUACGGGUCUGUUGUGCAUCCAUGUGUGAAUGGUAUUCAACGCGUCAUCAUUCGUGUUGUCCAGUCACAAUGUGGUUAAAUGUGAUCGAUCAGAGCCCACUCAGAGCCCCCGUUUUGGUGGUAACAUGUGAUACACAUGUGCGUUGCAGCAAUCACAUAAGAGAUGCCUACCCCCCACCCCCACCCGGGCACCCACCACAUUUUCCAAAUACAACCAGCCUCCAUAGCAUGCCGUCACGUGACCGGUAG